GUGAGAAACACGCUCAAACGGUCAAACGCGUCUGCUUUCACAUUUGAUCGUCAAACCGAAUCUUUAGACUUCCUUAAUAACUUUUUUUCUUCAUUAUCACUGCAGGGAUGUCGGCAGAAUUUGAGGAUGUCCUAACAAAUCAACCUGUCGUGAUAGACAAUGGCUCAGGAACUAUCAAAGCAGGUUUUGCGGGCCAAGAUCAUCCGAAAUGCUUUUUUCCGUCAUUCGUUGGGAGACCAAAGCAUGUGCGCGUCAUGGCUGGUGCCCUUGAAGGUGAUGUCUUCAUCGGUCGUCGCGCACAAGAGUUCCGCGGUCUUCUCAAAAUAAAAUACCCUAUGGAACAUGGCAUCGUGACUGAUUGGGACGACAUGGAACGGAUAUGGAGUUGGAUAUAUGCUGAAGAGCUUGGGACCCUCAGUGAAGAGCACCCAGUUCUCUUGACGGAAGCGCCGCUCAAUCCAAGGAGUAAUCGUGAUGUAGCCGCUCAGAUAUUCUUCGACACAUUCAACGUUCCAGCUCUCUUCCUCUCCGUACAGGCCGUUCUUUCGCUAUAUUCUUCAGGGCGGACGACUGGCAUAGUACUCGACUCUGGGGAUGGUGUUACACACGCUGUCCCAGUAUUUGAGGGUUUCUCCAUGCCUCACGCAAUUCGAAGAGUGGAUGUCGCCGGAAGAGAUGUAACUGACCAUCUACAGCUACUGCUAAGAAAAUCUGGCCACCAUCUACACACCACUGCGGAAAGAGAAGUUGUUCGGAUAAUAAAGGAAAAGUGCUGUUAUAUCGCGCUAAAUCCUUCCAAAGAGGAGAAGGACACGGUGGGUCGGACUGAAGAGUUCCGUCUCCCGGAUGGAAACCUAGUUCAGCUGGGACCUGAGCGAUUCCGCGCUCCCGAAAUAUUGUUCAAUCCAGAGCUCAUUGGACAGGAAUACGCCGGUGUUCAUCAGGUUGUUGUAGAUUCCAUCAAUCGAGUUGAUUUAGAUCUGCGGAAGAGUCUCUUUUCGAAUAUUGUGCUCAGCGGAGGCAGCACGUUAUGCAAAGGUUUCGGCGACCGUCUUCUCAACGAAAUCAAGAAGUUGGCUUUGAAGGAUAUUAAGAUCAAGAUUUACGCCCCUCCGGAGCGUAAAUACUCGACGUGGAUAGGUGGUUCUAUUCUUGCAGGUCUUGGAACUUUCAAGAAGAUGUGGGUAUCAGCAGAAGAGUAUCAAGAGGAUCCGGAUAUUAUCCACAAGAAGCUCGGCUUCUAAGGCUUCAGCUUUACUGUGUUUCAUCCCCUCUUUGUAGGACUGUAUGCACUAUAUUACCACUGCAUCGAUACCCAACAUAAUCAAUUGAUUUUGCAAUGCUCUUAAGAACGC